AAAAUGCACACAAAAGAAAAGCCAUAUUUACGAAAGUUUUAGAAAAUUUUCCCAGUAAAUUCCUAAAUACGAAUUUGCCAUUCUUGAGUAAAGUUUGAGUUAGAGAUUAGUGUGUGGCAGAGUCCUCAGAUCCAAAUCCCAUUUGCCCCAAACCUGAAGAAUCGUACCAACAAAAAUGGCUCCGAAAUCCGAUACCCAUUCCUCUUCCACCGUCGCCGGGGACUCAUCUUCCUCCUCCAUCGAUCCCCUUUUCCACACUCUCCGCGUGAUCCCCUACAGUUUUCUCCGGACGCCGCGUCUCCGCCUCAAGCUCCCCACCUUCACCUUACCUUCCCCCAUGACCGUGUACGCCCUAGUCCUUCUGACUUACUUUAUGGUGGUCUCGGGCAUCGUCUACGACGUCAUUGUCGAGCCCCCUGGGAUCGGCUCCACCCAGGACAGGGCAACAGGGGCGGUCCGACCCGUGGUCUUCCUCCCUGGGCGGGUCAACGGCCAGUACAUCAUCGAGGGAUUGUCUUCGGGUUUCAUGUUCGUGCUCGGUGGAGUGGGGAUCGUGCUCAUGGAUCUCGCCCUCGAUCGCAAUCGAGCGAAGAGCGUGAAGGUCUCGUACGCCUCCGCCGGAAUUUCCUCCGUCGUCAUUGCUUAUAUUAUGAGUAUGCUCUUCAUUCGGAUCAAGAUUCCGGCUUAUCUUAGUUAAGAUUUUCUAUGCUCUGCUAUAGUUUUUGUUUUUAAUGUUUUGCGAAUUAUGAAACUGUGAUUCGAAUUGCUAGUAUAGAGUUCUUAUUUUGAAGGUUAUAUGACCUUAAUAUCUUACAGCUGCUCUAAGUACUUUUAGGACUUAAAAAUAUAUGAUGAGAUUUUUGUAUGAUGCUUAAAUUUCUACGUAGCUCAUGGGUGUUUCUAAGCUAAAUUGGAUUUUUGAAUUGAAUUUCUGAUAAUGCUGCUGCCUAUUUCAGUGCUGGGGUUUUCUUACUGAAUAGAUUGUCAUUGAACAUA